AUAAUACCAUUCCUUUUUCUCUAUAUGCCAACUAAAGUUGUAUCAUUCAUAUCUAGUAAUUUCUUAAUAGAUGUAAUAAUGUGCAGAUUGAUAAUAAUAUCUUUGGGUCUGAUUCACAUACACCGCUUAAUAAACAAGCAACAGUCCUAGCCUAACCCACUUGAUGCACUCGAAACUUUAGUCGUUCAGUUGGCUGACAAGUGUCAAUGCACACGGAGCCGUAUCUGAUGCUAGAUGACCGAGAUGAAUCUCAUACUCGUAUUAUACAUGAUAAAAUAUGAUGGUGGUUAGUGGUUACCCUUAAAGAAAUAAAGACAGCAAAAAGAUGCAAGACCCGGCCAGGAAUGAGAGUAUUUAAUAGCUGUGUGACAAACUGCUACUCCACCCCCAACUCAUACAUUCCACCACAGCAGUCCUCACUGCCACUAAGGUACGGGCCUAUUCUUUUUCAAUUAAAAACUCUAAGUAAUUCCCUCCCAAGUUCUUAUAAAAUCCCUUCCUAAUUCUCAAACAUUUUUCAUCCUCACACAACUAUCCGUCUAUCUAUAUCUCGGCAGAACCUAUAAACCCUAAGCUUUCUCCAUCUCUCAUUUACAAUGGCAGCAAUGAAGAUGAGAGUUUUGGUUGCAGUAACUGCAUUGGUUAUGGCUGCCUCGACUGUUCAAAAUGUUGCAGCUGCUCAUGCACCUGCACCUAGCCCAACUUCUGAUGCGUUUAUGUUCGUUCCUGCUGUCUUUGCUUCUCUGACCGCAGUUGCCUUUGGCAUUCUUUUCUGAUUGUAAGAUAAUUAUGUGGGGUGAGAAUUUUAGGGAUCUUUUGAUCAGUUUAUCUCUGAAUUCAAUUGUUUUUUUCUUUAAUUUCAUAUGUAUUGUAUGGGUUCUACAUUUCAAAAUUCUUCAGUAAAAGAGCAUUUGUUCCAUGGCAAAUAAUUGGCUCCACUGGUUGGUGCAUCUUCAUUUUUCUUUUCAAAAAGAAAAGCAAAGAACUCUGUUGAUGAUUCUUUAUUGCAGACUACAAUUAUCGGUGGCAAUGUCUAACAAUAA